AUGGCUACCAACAUCAGCCUCAAGCGCUUCCAUCAGCACGUCGACGCCGGUCGCAUCAUCUUCAGCGACAACAUCAUGGAGGCCCGUUUCGAGGACUCCAAGAACGAGCCGCACCGCAAGGUCCUCUGGACUGACGCGUCGUUCGCGAACCGCAAGACCGGCCCCGCAGUCGGCAUCGCCAUCGUCUGGAAGCAAGACUUCACCGAGGAGCUGCAGAAGCAGGCGGAUCCGGGUGAGCAGGAGUGGGUGGAGGAGUCUCGCGCCAGCAGCUUGUCGAUGAGCUCGGGUAGUGGCGAGCAGGAGGCCGCUUUCGACGCACUGGAGAAGGGCGAGCAGCUGUUUGCGCCAGGCAUGACGGGCGACAUCCUCGUCUACACGGACGCUGAGAUCGAGGGCUUCCGAAGCCCUGAUUCGCGCGGCGGCUGGCUCAACCCGGCCGGAAACUUCGCCACCAGGGCCGCCAUCCGCGCCGUACACCUCGCCGAAAAGGGCUUCACCGUCGAGUUCAAGGCCUGUGCCGGCCACGGAGGCAUCCUCGGCAACGAGCUUGCCGACUACUGGGCCAGGCAGGCCAUCAACCUGGACGUGCCGAGGAAUAGUGAUCUGCAGAGCUGGCUACGCGCCAAACGGGCGGCGGAGGACCGCGAUAAGCGCAGGACGACUCUUACAGAACUUGCACACCAGGCUCGGGACAGGGAGGAGCAGGCGCGCGUCGACGCCGCCAACGCGAGAUGGAACCAGACUGCCGGCACCACCGCCGCCGCCGAGCGCACCCAGGAGGAGAUCGACGCCGACUACGCGGAGUUCGAGCAGUGGUUGGCCCAGGACGAAUGA